GCAGGACCCGCCCCCGGGGCGGGGCUCGGUCUCCAUGGGAACCGGGUGAGAGGGCUGCGCGCCGCCGCCAUGAUGAUGCUGGGCCGUGGGCCGGACGCCAGAGACAAUCAGACAAGACAAAUACGAGAUGCUGUUUCAAAUGUGGAAAAACAUUUUGGUGAAUUGUGCCAAAUAUUUGCUGCAUAUGUACGUAAAACUGCCAGACUACGAGACAAAGCAGACCUGCUAGUGAACGAAAUAUAUGCAUAUGCAGCUACAGAGACACCAAAUUUAAGAGUUGGGCUGAAAAAUUUUGCAGAUGAAUUUGCCAAACUUCAAGAUUAUCGACAGGCAGAGGUUGAAAGGCUUGAAGCCAAAGUUGUUGAACCUCUGAAAAGUUAUGGGACCAUAGUAAAACUUAAAAGGGAUGAUUUAAAAGCAACUUUAACAGCAAAGAAUCGAGAAGCUAAGCAGUUGUCUCAACUGGAAAAGACUCGUCAGCGGAAUCCAUCAGAUCGACACAUUAUUUCACAGGCUGAAAGUGAAUUACAGAGAGCUUCAAUGGAUGCAACCCGAACAAGUCGGCAGUUAGAGGAAACCAUUGACAAUUUUGAGAAGCAGAAAAUAAAGGACAUAAAGGAUAUAUUUUCUGAAUUUGUAACUAUCGAAAUGUUAUUCCAUGGAAAAGCUUUAGAAAUUUAUACUGCUGCCUACCAAAGUAUACAAAACAUUGAUGAAAAUGAAGAUUUAGAGGUUUUUCGGAGUUCACUCCAUCCACCAGACUAUCAGUCUCGUUUAGAUAUAGUCCGUGCAAAUUCAAAGUCUCCCCUUCAGAGAAACAGCUCACUAAAAUUUUCAUCUGGAAUGGUACAGAAAAUUUCUAACAGUCGAAUAAGAAAAGAGGAGGAAGAUGAAGAAGAGGAAGAUGAUGAUGACGAUGAUGAAGAGGAGGAGGAACUAGAAGCUACCAAGGAAGAGAGAUAACUGAUAAUUGUUUUAAAGGUGCUUUUUAAAUUACAAGAAAAGCUUUUCAUUUAAGGCUUUUAUAUAUUAGAUGGUAAUUCACUGACACUAUCCAUUAAAAGAAUCCUAACAAAGGAGGAAGACAGCCGCAGUAACAUUCAGUCCUUUGAAUGAUUGUCUAUUUGUUACUUUGACAGUCAGUCAGUCUUGUGGAGGUAUGAAACACUUCAGAAAAUGGAGGUCUUAGACAUAAAGUAGUUUAAUUCUCCAAAAAGCUUCCCUAAAAAUUAUGUAUACAAAUCUAGUAUCGACUUCAAGGUAUUCAACAAAAAUGCUACUGAUGUAUUUAAAUAUUUUCUAGGCAGAUGGGCAGUCCUGAAUACAGGAGGCUUUAUUCCUAGGCCUAGCCAGCCUGUGUGUGUCAUUGUAUUUGCAUAGUGCCUUAUUCCCAUCAUAUCUGUCCUUUAGAGCCAAGGUCUUAUUCAGCUAACUCAAACCAUUGCCCCUGGUUGUAGACAACUCCAAGAAACUACUUCCUUGAAGUAACUGAACACAUUCCCUUUCUCUGCCUGAGCCUGAUACUAGAAUGGAAUGGUAUUUACCUGUAAAAGAGUUUUCAGGGCAUGCGUGCACCCUGAUUGUUACUACUCUAAAACGUGCAAAUGUCUUAAAUCAAAAAUCUUACCCAUGCUCUCUGCCUUUUUGGUGGAAGUGCCUUCAUAACAGCCAUUUAAGUUGGGUCUUUACUUGAAAUUCAUUUUUUGUGCUUGCUUUUUAUACUAGUUUAUUCAUUUCCUAGUUUUUAUAAACUACAAAUACAGGACUUCAGUAUGAUUUCAUAUUUAUCUUCUCAAACUGUCCUGAAUAAAUAUAUCAGUAUUGUAUGGAGUUAAGUUUUGUCUGCCAAAAAAUUGUUUCAGUAUUUAAUUGAGCUUGAACUUUUGUAUUACUAGUCUUAAUUGAAUAUAUUGAGACCAUACCACAUGUAUCUACACGAUGCAAAAAAUAAAAGAUUUUAAAUGGAACUCCUAUUUAUCCAUUAGAACUUAAACAACAUCCAAAUUUCAUUAUUUACUUACCAACUCACCGAAUUAAAAUAUAUUAACUAGACACUAAAUAUUGUAAAAUGUUACCGUAAUUUUCUUUUGGGUACAGAAUAGAAGAUUUAUAUUAUGAUGAUGUUAUUUCCUUUUUUCGGUAAAAGCAGCAAUGCAUGUUUGUUUUGAAGGGAGAGACAAAGCCUUAGCAGAAAGUAACACAGGGAAAAGAAAGUUAAUUUUAAAACACAUUGCAAUUCAGAAAAAAUAUAUUUGAAUGGACCAUAUAAAGUAGUUUUAAAAAUGUCAGCCUAAGACAAGAUAAACAGGAAAAAAUACAGGGAUAGCUGACAAGGAGA